AUGGCAAAUCCUGUGGUUGUUAUAAGUAGCUGCAGCUCUCAGGAAGAGGAAAAUUGCUGCACUUUUAACCAGCAUACAUCGCCCUCUGAGGAGCUUCUGUUAGAAGACCGGAUGAGGCGAAAACUCAAAUUUUUUUUCAUGAAUCCUUGUGAGAAGUUCUGGGCUCGAGGCAGAAAACCAUGGAAGCUUGCCAUACAAAUUCUAAAAAUUGCAAUGGUGACUAUACAGCUGGUCUUUUUUGGGCUAAGUAACCAGAUGGUUGUAGCUUUCAAGGAAGAGAACACUAUAGCAUUCAAACACCUCUUCUUGAAAGGAUAUAUGGACCGAAUGGAUGACACGUAUGCAGUGUACACACAAAGUGAUGUAUACGAUCAGAUCACCUUUGCAGUGAACCAGUACUUGCAGCUCCGCAACACGUCGGUUGGGAAUCAUGCUUACGAGAACAAGGGCAUGGAGCAGUCUGCUCUGACCAUCUGUCAGCACUUCUACAGGCAAGGAAACAUCUGUCCUGGAAAUGAUACCUUUGACAUUGAUCCAGAAAUUGAAACUGAAUGUUUCUUUGUAGAGCCAGAUGAACCUUUUCACAUCGGAACACUGGAAGAAAAUAAACUCAACUUAACACUGGACUUUCAUAGACUCCUAACUGUGGAGCUGCAGUUUAAACUGAAGGCCAUUAAUCUGCAGACCAUUCGUCAUCACGAGCUCCCUGACUGUUACGACUUUACUCUGACUAUAACACUUGACAAUAAGGCCCAUAGUGGAAGAAUUAAGAUAAGUUUAGAUAAUGACAUUUCCAUCAGAGAAUGUAAAGACUGGCAUGUAUCCGGAUCAAUUCAGAAGAACACUCACUACAUGAUGAUCUUUGAUGCCUUUGUUAUUCUGAUAAGCUUGGCCUCACUAAUCCUGUGCCUUCGAUCUGUGAUUAGAGGACUUCAGCUUCAGCAGGAAUUUGUCGGUUUUUUCCUCCUCCAUUAUAAGAAGGAAGUUUCUGUUUCUGAUCGAAUGGAAUUCGUCAACGGAUGGUACAUUAUGAUUAUUAUUAGUGACGUAUUGACAGUUAUUGGAUCAAUUCUGAAAAUGGAAAUUCAAGCGAAGAGUCUAACAAGUUAUGAUGUCUGUAGCAUACUUCUUGGGACUUCCACCAUGCUUGUGUGGCUUGGAGUCAUUCGGUACCUCGGCUUCUUUCAGAAGUACAAUCUCCUUAUUCUGACCCUGCAGGCAGCGCUGCCCAAUGUCAUCAGGUUCUGUUGCUGUGCUGCUAUGAUUUACUUAGGCUAUUGCUUCUGUGGAUGGAUCGUGCUGGGCCCAUACCAUGAUAAGUUCCGUUCUCUGAACGUGGUCUCUGAGUGCCUUUUCUCUCUGAUAAAUGGAGAUGAUAUGUUUGCCACGUUUGCAAAAAUGCAACGAAAAAGUUACUUGGUCUGGCUGUUUAGCAGAAUUUACCUCUACUCAUUCAUCAGCCUCUUUAUAUAUAUGAUUUUAAGUCUUUUCAUUGCACUGAUCACUGAUACAUAUGAAACAAUUAAGCAUUACCAACAAGAUGGCUUUCCAGAGACUGAACUUCGUACAUUUAUAUCAGAAUGCAAAGAUCUACCCAAUUCUGGAAAAUACAGAUUAAAAGACUACACACCAGUAUCUAUAUUCUGCUGUUGUAAAAAGUAGCUAUCAGGCUAAUCUGUGCCCUGGAGGGAAAUAUAAUGUGUAGCUGACUUGGGAAACUAUAUGGAUAUUUUCAGAUCAGGUGUGGUAUGUUUAAAGACUAUUUCUUUGAGCAAACUGAUAGCUAUAAUUCAUCAAGAACUAUUUAUAUUUUUAAAAGCAGUAUUUAAUGUCUUUUGCAGCUUUAUGUUGGGUUUAUUUUAAACUAACUUUGAGGAGAGAAGCUAUUGAAUUCUUGUUAUUUCUUGUUUA